GUGCGGGCGGGGUUGCUGAUGCUCCGAUCAAUCAGCUCCAAACUUUACGGAGUCCCAGCAGCCGACAGGCGGAGGGUACUCGCAUUGUCUUUAUGUUAAUACUUUGCACCACUCUCUGUCCCUCUGUGCCCCUUCUCCGGCGCUCACUUAUAAAAGCGAGGAUGCGUGGAUCGAGACCCGUCUGAGGUUGAAGCUGCAUUUGUCGCUACCGUUCAAUUCGAGUGAUCAGGUCGGUCAUGAGUUGUCUGGAUGUUAUGUAUCAUCAGUCUUAUGGAGCGCACCAGUACUUACCAGCAGCAGCCGCAGCCGCCUACACUGCAGCGUAUUAUCAUCACCACCACUCUCAGCAGAAGUUAGCCCUGUACGGCAAGAUUCAGGAGUCAAUGGAGAGCAACGCGCAUGGUAAAGAGAGCGAGAAGGAGCAGCCUCCUGAGGCAGAGUACAUCAGUUCCAGAUGUGUGCUGCUCACGUAUUUCCAGGGGGACAUAGGCGCCGUGGUGGAUGAGCAUUUCAGCAGAGCUCUGAGCCACUUCAACGCGGAAAACUCGAGCUCAAAGACCCGCGCUCCGUCCAGCACCUUGUGGAAAGAAGGAUUGCCGGUUUCUACAAAUCAGAAGAACAGCUUCCCGGCUUCUUUUUGGAGUAGUACCUACCAGGCCCCAGCACCACCGUGUCUGAGUGGCAGUCAUCCCGAUUUCUCCGCUGCGACUGGUGGUGUGUUUCAUCCCCCCGAUUCCAUGGCUUGGCCUGGACAUGGACUACACCAGCCCAGCGCUCCCCCACCAAAUGCUGAGGCGUGGCCCUACACGUUGGCAUCACAAGGGAGUUCCAGCUACCAACUUGUGCACGACGUUUACCCACACGUGCACCACCCACAUGCCCACGCCCACCAUCAUAAUCCACACCUGGACCCUCGUUAUGGGUCAUUGUUGGUGCCAUCCGUGAGGGCAGCUAGGAUUGCCACAGCGCCAGGCGAGAUCACAAAGACAGGCCCUACUGCUGCAGCUGCUGCUUCCCCGUGGACUGGAGCCUUUCAUGGAAGCCUGGACAUGGCGCAAGGAGUUGACACAGGACUCCUACAUCAAGAGAAAAACAAGGAGCCCACUUGGUUUUAGACCAAAGUUACACCCCCCUUUGUUCCACAACCUUUUAAAUUAAAUCUCUACUUCAACUUGGUAUUAGCCCCUUGUAUGGUGGAUCUUUCCCUGGCUAAAGAAAAAAAUGCACCCAUGCAAUCUGAUGGAAUAGAAUUGGUGAUCAAGCCUACUUGUUCUGGAACAAUCAUCUUCAGAAGAAUUGUUAUGAUGGAAAACAGAGGGGAUUCUAUUCUGAACAAACUGCCAAUUUUUUUGAGAGUAAAUGGAAAAUCAAACUGUUGGCCUAUAUGGUGUUUGAAGAGUGAUAAAGUACAUCAAUAACUAUUAUUGCAGCAAGAAAACAAUAUUACACAUUUUCAGUGCCCAAAAAUGUGUUUCAUAACUGAGUUAUAUAACAUUUGAUGGCUUUAGAGGAUGAUUAACGCAAGUAGAGUGAAGAUUUGCAUUGUGCAUUUUCUGAAGGUGAAGCACUGGGUGGAAUAUUGUAUUCAACACAAAAAAUUCUUUUAUUUUUGUGGUUUAAGAAGUAUGUGAAGUGUUGGAUUUUUUUUUUAUAAAUUUCUAAUACUGUGAUUGUUAAAAAAUGUAAUAUGACACUACCAGGGAUUUCUGCAUUUUCUUCUUACUUAUUUAAAUAUAGUUAACCAUUUGUGGACUGCAAUAGCACUUUCACCAUGUCCUAAAAAAGCAGGUUUAAAGUCUUCAUUUUCUUUGAUCUACCAUAGGAGAUGCACAAUUGCCCUAAUCUUUUUGAGAUUCAGUAUACUAGUUUUUCCACCACCUUGUAAAAAAGAAAUGGGGGGAAAGUAUCUCUCUGGAAUUAAAAUAAACAAAGAUAAAAAGAGGACAGUGUUUUAUACCUAAGACUUUUCAUCAAGAUUCUGCAAAAAUAUUUUUUAAUGGUUGAUACUUGUAAAAAGAAUGCUUGAUAAGUUUGAUUUAUUUCCACAUUUUAUAGCAUCCUCAAAAAGGAAAACAUAAAUAUAGUUUCAUCUUUUUAGAUGGUGAUAGAACCUUCCAUUCCAUUAAUUACUUGAUCACAAAUGCUUUUACUUUGGUCUAUUUGUACAAUUGAAUCAAUUUGUCAUAUAAAAAAUUUAAAAAAUACUAUGCUUGAUAGUAGCAAAUUUGGGAAUUAUAACUAUUCUCCGAUAUGGAGAUGACAACGUGGUGUUUUUCCAACUGUUCUAUAGUAAGGAAAUGCAAGGCAUGAUUUUGUACACGAGAUUGCAUUCUGUCAGGGGCCCAGUAGAUUAACAACAAAAUGUCUGAAAAUGAGUUUAAAUGUAAAUACUUGCGGGGAGGAAUGACGUUUCAAAGCCAAUUUUCCCACAACAUCAUAUGAUAUGGUAACAUUAUUAACUAUAAGUUUUGGAAAUUUUAUAAAAGAAAGAAAAUAGACGCCUUUAUUAAUGAAUGGAGCCAGGAUUCUAUGUUGAACAUAUUCUUUCCGAGAUGUUACAUAUAUUGUUCUUUGUUUAUAAUGAAAAUGCGUAUUGAGUUAAAAGUCAGGCAAAAAAAUGGGAACAUUUUGUAGCAAAAUUCUUUCUGCGAACUUCAGUAUUAUUUGUAUAAUAAAAUGCAAAACUCGUUAAUAAAAAAUGAUGAAAAUAUUGUUUACAACUC